UGGCUCUGACCCGCUGUCAGUUGCCCGAGCCCUGUGCUACGGUUAGGACCGUGCCAAUCGUUGUCACCUUUUAACAAGCUUGCGGGAUUCCACUUCGACUGAGAACGACCACGGCCCGACAAAGCCGCGUCGUUGCCCAUCUUGCGAGCCCGCGAGUUUUGUCAUUAAAAUCGCCGGAUCGAAACGCAGUCGAGGGACCUGAACGCGAUCUUUGCCAACACUGUGGCCGUAGACACGGUACCCGAUUCCCGAUCUCCGUCCACUCUGGUGGAACGUCAGCUGCAAUUCGUGUCGCAUGAUCCGUGAGAAGCUCGAUCGCGCGAAGCACAGCGAUCGUUGAUCCUCGCGUUUCGAGCGGAGGUAACGGAGGCCGCUGCUUCGGAUAUCGUGGUGGUUUUUGUGGUGGAAAAGUGAUUCGAGGUUAAUCGAACGACGAAGCCGAGGGCCGCAUGCCUCGCUGACGAUUACUCAGGAUGGUCUGGUAGAGGAGGAGGGGCUGCUGGUGCGUUCGAUCACGAGAAAUGGCGUGCGGAAUAUCCUUCGAAGCGACCGCCACGAGCACGGUACUUUUUCUGCUGGUACUGCUGCAGGCGGCACUGGUGUGGGACGAGGUACACGGUGCUCCAGCGAAGAGGAACGACAUACUCGCGGGCACGGAAUUCCUGUCGGUGUUCAUAAACGGCGCAAUGGCGACACCGCCUCAACGAAGGAAAGGGUUCAGACGAGGUGGAAACGGGGCAGCGAUAGCCGACAGUGCAACGGCUGAAUCUCAUCAGCACGAGGCGUCGAUAUACCGGAUAUCGCGGAAUCCGGGUAACAGACAGGUUAUCCCGAGAGCGCGGAACACCGGUGGCCGCGAAGAGGUCGUCCGAUUCUAUCCCAUAAGCCAUAAAACGCUUGAAAACAGGCAACAGAAUCUGGCGUCUUUAAUCGACGAAUUAAGCUCCAGCAGCGGCGCAUCCUCGACGCGAUUAGCUCCUCAGGGUUCGAACGUGACGACCGUGUCGACAACCAGAGACAAGUCAUCGCUACCGGCGAAGAGCAACGCUACUAACAGUUCGACUAACAAAGGAGUCAGUCGACAGAAAGUUAUAGGCGUCAGCGUGACGUCCACUGUCGAGGCUACGCCAUACAAGGUCAGGGUGGAACAUUACGAUAACGCAGAUUCCACUCGACAACCGAGUCCAACUGGAAUUUCGUCUAAGGAUGUCACGAGAGAACUGAGGAAUGCCACGACGAGAACGCCUACAGUGAAGAGCCUGAACAUGACCGCGAAGACAACGCCGACGACGACCACUCCUAAAUCAUCGACGACCGCGUCGUCGUCGCCUUCCAGCUUCGUCACGGAGGAGCUCAGCAAUAUCGUUUCCGAGUCUAACAGGAGCGAGUUCUCCGUUGACGAGGGUUCGCCGAGCACUAGUUGGCGCGAUCAGAGCUCGAUCACGCCGGGUCCGGUCACCCAGCACACUACCGCCUUUGUCGAGCAUCAAAAGGAGACUAAUAGCAGUGAUGUACCGGAGGAUAUGAUCACUCUGCCGACCGAAGAGAAUUACGAGCUGCCGGAGGAGAACUCGGAGCCGAAGGAGUUCAGCGAAGAGCCGGUCGAGAUGCACUCGGAGCGGUUCCAGACUCAAGGCCGAAAGGCCAGUAGACACUACGAUACUUCUAACUACAAUCGUCCUGGGGCAAAAGUUUAUAGUCAGCCUAGGAAUUACAAGUCCUCUAGACCGUACAGCGAGCCGGCGAAAUUGUACAGCGAGCCUGCUAAAGUCUAUAGCGAACCGGAAAAAGUGUAUGGAGAACCGGCGAAGAUGUAUAGCGAGCCGGCGAAGGUCUACAGCGAGCCGGCGAAGGUGUACAGCGAACCAGCCAAGGUGUACAGCGAACCCGCCAAGGUUUACGGCGAACCUGAAAGAGUUUACUCCGAACCGUCGAAAGUUUAUUCGGAACCAGCCAAGGUUUACUCGGAGCCUGCCAAGGUUUACUCGCAACCCUCGAAAGUUUACAGCGAACCGAGUAAAUUGUACGAUCCCGAGGGCCAACCGUUGAACCAGGCGUCGCGUGGUGGAGAGCCUGACGAACAGAACUACGAAGUCGACGAGUCCGUCAGCGUGAGCAGCAACGGGAACGUCCACGGGCCUCAGAUAAUGCUCACCGAGCCCUCGAACGCCUCUGAGGUGGAGGACGGACAUAAGGUGGGCUACGUGGUCGAGGGUAGGAACUUUAGGAAGUACAGGGUCGAGGAGAGAACCCCGGACGGUUUCAUUGUUGGUGAAUACGGAGUGGUUAGUCACGACGACGGCUCUUUGAGAGGUGUCCGGUACACCGCGGACGGUACCAUCAAUCCUCGACUAAUCUACGACGCGCUGAUGAAGUUCCUUUCUCUGAAGAAAUAGUAACUGAGGCGAGUCGACGGGUUGCGUGGCUUUAUUUUCUGACGAAUGCGUCUCUUUGAUCCACUUCGACUGAUCUAUUUUAAUCCUAAUCUACACUGUUUUUCAAUUUGUUCGACAAGUUGAUAUAACGUCCAGAAAACGGAACCAUUUUCUUUUAAAUUUUAUCAGAUCGAACAAAGUGGAUCGUGCAUUAUCGCCUUUAAGAGACGAAACGAAACGACUGAUAUUCUCAACUGCCUCAGAAAGUAAUUUUAAGCAGCGAGUUUUUAAUUUGUAAGGACUGAUGUAAGACCUACGUUUGAAUUAUUCACUGUUUCCCAAAACAUAGUCACUGGAUUUUAAUUUACUUCAACGUAUUCCUCUUAUUUAAAUUUUUUAAACAGUUUUUCGUGCAUUUCAACAUAAUUUAUGUAUGUCGAGCAUGCACGAUAUUAAGAAGUAAUUAGUGACAAAAAUUAGACAUAAACAUUAAAAACAAGAGAAACACUUUAUCAGUCUCCUAUCAUUGAAAGCAACGCGACGAUGUCGACGGGACCGAAAAUGACUGAUUCUUUCGCUCUUGCCAACGCAACUGCCUCAACGAUUAAUUUAUAAGUCCAACCUUGUCUAGGAUCUCUCGUUGACAAUGAAGAAAGAGUAAAAAUAUUUGCUAGACGAUUCGAUCGGAAGGAACGCGGUGGAAUUCGACGCGACACCCGUCCGUUGCGAAACGCCCGCAGACAAAUGAAAGCGAUUCCUUUCGGUGGCGAAAGUACGAACUUUUGUGCGCGCAUUACUCAGAGAUGGCCUUUGACGAUCGUGCCACGACCGAGGGACAUUUCUUUUCCCUUCGUUCGUCUAGCGAUUACGUCGCGAGUAACAAGAGAUCCUCUGAUCGUGGCGCCAACCGUGUAGUUGCGUAAUUUUUCUUGUGAUCGCGUUCAAUCGUGUCUUUACCCUCGCCGAGAUUUCUGUAAACGUAGGAUGGUUCAGAAAGUAGCGAUUUUACUGGCCCGCAUCACGUUAUACUGCGAUAUACUGGUUACACUUAGAAAUUUUUUACGCUUCUUCUUAUUCUUUUUUUUAUUAUUUAAUUACUUCCUUUAUCCCUAGUGUAUCGUAUCUGUUAAUCGACAACGUAUACUCGUAAAGCAUGCAAGUCUCGUUUAUUUAGAAUCUAUCUAAUGAGUUUAAAAUAAAGCAAUGAUUAGUUGAUUCUAUGCAUAAAACUGAAAUCAAUGAUUAAUUGAAAAAUACGACAGGAGUAUGAAAUUGUGUGGAGCUGUUCCUGACGGGACGUAAGGAAGAGUAGAGUAAGCGAACGAAGCAGCGGAACAUUUAAAGAACGAAUCGACUGAACGUGUUACUUGUCGCGUGCUUUCGCCACGGUGGUGCUUCUGCGAUGAAAAAGCGUGUCGAGAGGAGCCGCAGCUGCUAGGGCCUCGAUUUUGGAUCGCACUUUAUCAAUUUAAUUUAACGGUAUGCUCGAAGGCUCCGCCGCUGCGGCGAAACCCGCUGACUUGUCACGGCAGCGUCACUGUGCACCUCUUAUGAUUUAAGCGUUUCUAUUAGCUUAGUACUAUUUUAACCCUUCAAUGCGCUUCAAUGAACAUCUCAUAAAAUAUUCUUGUUUCACAUAAUUAUGUCAAUAAUAAAUGUUACUGAAUCUGCUGAAUAUUAAAAUUGUAAAACUUGUUUAAAUUUUAUUACUCUAUGAGGAGCAUAUAAAAUUGGAUGAAGUUACUAAUCGCACUCUUAAAUCAUUUUCGUUUCAAGUGAUAAUUUGGAAUAGACGUAUAUACAUAGUCGCGCGUUCAAGGGUUGAAGUAUUCGUUAAGGAAGUAUUUGAAUCGACCGUGAGAACCUUAGAAUGUAAGACGGUAACGAUAUUUAGGAUUAAUUUAAUAGCAUAUUCUUCCUCAUUACCUCAACAAUCUUUGAGAUAGUUCCUCCUGCCAUUCAAUGUAACGUGUCACUCGCUCGUAAUUCGCUGUUCACGUAAAUUAUGAACAUGAUCUCGAUCGUUUCCCCCCACGUAUACGUCCGCUCGGAACUUUUCCAAAAUAUGUAAAACGGAAAACGAGUUCGAGCCGGGUUGUACCGUUCGAUCGAUGAAACUCGUUCGCUCGAAUGUUGCUCAUUCUUUUAGGCUAAUUUUAUUCGUAUAAGAGACUUUUCAAAGUAUUCCGAUAUGUUACACGUGAUACCUACCGAUUCUUCGAUUUAAGAACUCUCUCUUAGGCGUACGUCGUAGUCUAUCGAUUAUGUUAAUAAUUAUUGCACGCGCUAACGCCGUGCAACCAUUGUCACUUCUCGAACUACAG